AAGAAACGCAAAGUUCAUCUUGUAUUCCACCAAGUUAGAAAGAACUUUCAAUUUUAUGAAUCGAUAAUGCAUAUGCAUUGGAUGCAGUAGUUCAUGGAGAUGAAUGUCAAAAAGCUCACCGGGAAUGCUUUCAUGAAGAAUAUCAAGCAUCGAACCAGCAACUAGCGCAACCAGCGGCCGCAAUUAUCCACCCGGCCGCUUCUCCGCAAUAUAAUUCUCGACCCAGCCAAACUUUCUUCCUACGCAUCGCAUCGCAUCUCAAUUGCGCAACCACAAAACCAGUAUAUACAAUGGGUAAAAACAAACGACUAAAAUCCUCAUCCAAGAAAAUAAAAGGGGGUCGAGGUUCCGGAAAACCCAAACCAAGCGGAAUAUCCAAACCAUCCAACACCAAAAAACCCAUUACCAAUACAUCCUCAAAAACCAAAUCGCAAAAACAAGCGCAACAUAGUCCUCCUAUAAUUCCUUUCUCUGCUAGCGAUUCUAUCCUUCUCAUCGGAGAUGGGGAUCUCUCAUUUGCGCGUUCGCUUAUAACACAUCAUCAUAUUGAGAAAUUGACCGCUACGGUCUAUGAAUCCUCAUUACCUAUCCUCGAGGAAAAAUAUCCGCAGGUAUCCGAGAAUAUCAAGGAGAUAGAGGAGGGAGGGGGAAUUGUAAAAUAUGGUGUUGAUGCGAUGAAGAUGCGUGGUUGGACUACCGGGAAAGGUGGACGCGGAGACGGGAUAAUGGAUAGAGUGAUUUUUAAUUUUCCCCAUGUGGGUGGGAAGAGUACGGAUGUUAAUCGACAGGUUAGAUAUAAUCAAGGUUUGUUUUCUCUUUUCCCCCCCCUUGAAUUGCUGGUUUUUUUUUUGGCGCUUUUGAGGGAAAUACUAAUAUGCGCGAUGUAUCAGAACUCCUUGUAGCCUUCCUUCGUAACUCAAUUUUCUCUCUUUCUCCAAAGAAAGGAUCCUCAAUAAUUGUAACACUUUUCGAAGGCGAACCCUACACACUAUGGAAUAUUCGAGAUUUAGGACGACAUGCAGGAUUAGAAGUAGAGAGGAGUUUUAAGUUUCAGGCAUCUGCGUAUCCGGGGUAUAAACAUGCGAGGACAUUGGGAGUUGUGAAGGGUGGUGGUGGGUGGAAGGGAGAGGAGAGACCGGCAAGAAGUUAUGUUUUUGUGAGGAAAGGUGAAGGGGUUAAGCAGGGUCCAGGGAAGGCGAAGAGGAAGAGGGGUGAGAGCAGCGAUGAGGAUAGUGAAGGUGAGGAUGAAGAUAUGGGUGGGGAGGAGAAUGAAGGUAAUAUUGAGGAGAUGGAUGGGAAGAAUGGGAUGGAAGAUGAUGGAUCAGAUGAUGAAGAUGAGGACGAAUUCAAUGGUGCUAGUGAGGAAGAAGAUGACGAACCUACGAACCAAGAUUGGACCGAGACGAGAUGAAAGAGCACCGGUAACCAAAAGCAAGGAUGGAACGACCUCAAUCAGCGACCAUGAGAUUUCUGAAGAGAUAUUUCCCCGUCCAGUUCGAUCAGCGAAAUGCGGCUAUUUAUUAAGCUUACUUGGAUAUCUGCCAUACUAUAUGAGAUAUCAUGAUCUAGUUGUACACCCGUCCUUAAAUCCUGCGAUAUAA